AUGGCCGACGUGGUUAGGGCUCUGAUCAGGGUGGGUGACUUGGAAGGCUUGCAGCGGGUGACACCAGACGGCUACGACUGGUCCGUGCCCGAUAGCAAAGCCAGGCCGCCUUUGAUAGAAGUCAUGCUUGGUCCUUAUGCCCAGUGGGAGACCCGGGCCAAGAUGCUGGACUGGAUGAUCAAAGCAGGAGCAGACCCGCUUAAAGCGGUUCCGGCCGACGAGGCAAGCAGUUGUGCCAUCGAUGUAGGCCGAGGGCACGAGAAAAUCAAGAUUCCGUACAAGGGGAACUGCGCAACUACAUUCGCAUGUGAGGCAGUGCGGGCUUUGCAAGAAUCAGAACAUGUUGCAGCCUCGGAUGUGAAAUUGAAGGCAUUCAAAGGCUACUUGGACGUACUUACCAGAGCCACUCCUAUGCUUGGGCAGAGCAACGUUGCGAUUCCGCAAAGUGUCGUCGACAUGUGGGAGUCAAUACGGCAGAUGACACCUACACACAACGUGGUUUUUGAAACAGCAGAUGGCGAAGUGUCGGCUCACGACCUCAUUCUUGUUACAGCCUCACCUGUUUUGAAGGCCAUGCUGGAGUCCACCAUGAGGGAAGGCUCAAGCAAGCGCAUAACUGUCAAGGACUCUUCAGGUUCUGGAGUGCGGCUGCUAGUGGACAUGCUCUACACAAGCUCCACGCGUGAUGAGCCUGACUACAAGACAGUGCUGGUUGCCCUGGACUUGGCACACCGCUGGCAAGUAAACGGCAUGGUGCCGGUGCUUGAAGGCAUCUUGCCGGCGAUGGUUACUGUCGAGAGUCUUGUUGCCAUCGCUGAGGCUGCAAUGCUCAAGGGCUUGCAGAAACUGCAGCAGGCAUGCAAGACCUUCGCCGCCAACAACAGCCAAGUGAAGACCAUGCUUGACAGGGGCCCAAUUCCUGUAGAGGUGCGCCAGCUGCUGGGAGAGCCGGCGGACCCGUCACCCGAGGGAGGACGGCAGAAGAAGCGCCGGACCUUCACUGCACCUUGA